CGUACGGAAAUCUGUGAGGUGUGCAUUACAGGCGCGAAAGAGCGGCUCGUGACCGUGCCGGGCCGCCGUUCCUGAAUCUCUCCUGGCCAUGGGCCCGCGGAGCCGCGAGCGUCGGGCGGGAGCAGUGCAGAGCACCAACGACAGCAGCGCCCUCAGCAAGAGCUCCCUGGCCGCGCGCGGGUACGUGCAGGACGCCUUCGCCGCGCUGCUGGUUCCUGGAGCCGCGCGCCGCGCGCCGCUGAUCCACCGCGGCUACUACGUCCGCGCACGCGCCGUGGGGCACUGCGUGCGCGCCUUCCUGGAGCGGGCUUGCGCGCACCCCGAAGGGCGUCGUUCCCAGAUCCUGUCUUUGGGUGCAGGCUCCGACUCGCUGUAUUUCCGCCUCAAAACUGCAGGCCGCCUCGCCGGGGCUGCUGUCUGGGAGGUGGAUUUCCCGGAGGUGGCGCGGCGCAAAGCGGAGAGAAUUGGAGAGACGCCAGAACUGUGCGCGUUAACCGGCCCUUUCCGGAAGGGGGACCUGGCGUCAGCGCUGUGCUUUGAGAGCUUGGACUACCGCAUCCUGGGCCUGGACCUGCGGCAGCUGCAGCGACUGGACGAGGCCCUGGCCGGAGCGGGCCUCGGUGCGGACUCGCCCACUCUGCUCUUGGCAGAGGCCGUGCUGACCUACCUCGAGCCAGAUAAUGCCGCGGCCCUCAUCGCCUGGGCAGCCCAGCGGUUUUCUGAUGCUCUCUUCGUGAUCUACGAGCAGAUGAGGCCGGAAGACGCCUUUGGCCAGUUCAUGCUGCAACAUUUUCGGCAGCUGAAUUCGCCGCUCCAUGGCCUGGACCGCUUUCCUGACGUGGAGGCCCAGAGGGACCGCUUCCUUCACGCUGGCUGGACUGCCUGCAGUGCCGUGGACAUGAAUGAAUUCUACCAGCGCUUUCUCCCCGCACAAGAACGCCAGAGAAUGGAAAAUCUGGAACCCUUUGACGAGUUUGAGGAGUGGCAUCUGAAGUGCGCCCACUAUUUCAUUCUGGCAGCUUCCCGGGGAGACACUUUCUCCCGAACUCUGGUGUUCCCACCCUCAGAGGAGUUUCCCCGGAUAGAUCCAGCUUCCCCUUCAGGAGUCUUCCCUGCCAGUGUAGCCACAAGGGACAUCCAGGGUCCAGACCUUAAGAGAUACGGCCAUGCCUCCGUCCUCUUGAGCCCAAGCACCAUUCUCACUACAGGAGGAUUUGGAGAGCAGGACGGACGGCACUGCCGCGUGAGCAAGUUUCACCUGCUCUCAAGAGACUGUACCUUUGAAUGGAAAGGCAGCCAGAUAUGCAGUUGGGAGACAGGGGCUCAGUGGGAUGGACGCCUUUAUCACACAAUGACGAGACUUUCGGAUACUCAGGUUCUCAUUCUGGGAGGGAGACUUUCCCCAGUAAAUCCAGCCUGGAAGGUUCUCAAACUUCAUCUUCCUAAGAGUGAAAAUAAUAGCAGUGAGGGUGUGCACGUGACCGUAACGAAGACUGACCCAGAAGAUUUCUCUUUGUCAUGUUGGCGGCAUUCGACGACAGAAGUGUCCUGUCAGAAUCAGAAAUACUUGUUUGUGUAUGGGGGUCGAAGCGUGGUGGAACCUGUAUUAAGUGACUGGCAUUUCCUCCAUUUGGAGACGAUGGCCUGGGUCAGGAUCCCUGUGGAGGGGGCUGCACCUGAAGCUCGACAUUCCCACAGUGCCUGCGGUUGGCAAGGGGGAGCCCUUAUUGCUGGAGGCCUGGCGGCUUCUGAGCAGCCAUUGAACUCUGUAUUCUUUCUGAAACCAGUUUCUUGCGGAUUCCUCUGGGAAUCAGUAGACAUUCAGCCUCCCAUUACCCCAAGAUAUUCCCACACAGCUCACGUGCUCAAUGGAAAGCUGUUGUUGGUUGGAGGAGUGUGGAUUAAUUCCUCCUCGUUUCCUGGAGUGACUGUGAUCAAUUUGACUACAGGACUGAGCUCUGAGUAUCAGAUUGACACAACAUCUGUGCCCUGGCCUCUAAUGUUACACAAUCAUACUAGCAUCCUCCUUCCUGAAGAGCAACAGCUCUUGCUCCUUGGAGGAGGUGGGAACUGCUUUUCCUUUGGCACUUACUUCAACCCCCAUGCAGUAACAUUAGACCUGUCGUCUUUAAGCACUGAGCAGUAAGGACUGGACUCGGGUAUAUUCAGGACCCACUAAAGUAGAUAAUAAAGGUUUCCAUAAAUAGGACUUGACUCUGGCUAUAGGUAUUGCCAUUUCCUCCCCUUUUUUCCCCUUAACUAUAUUCAGCACAGAAAGGGUAAAAGAUUAUAAAAUACAUAAUAACAAUCAUUAGGAUAGUAAAAAAGUAAAAUCUAGCUAGAAUACAGAGGCCAUACAGGCCUUUGUAUUCAUAUGUUCUGUUUGUUGGUCUUCCUCCAAUUAGGUAAUCUAAGUUUAAGCAUUUAUUGAGUUAAAAUGGCCUUUUACCUAAGUCAAGGAAAAAAAUGUGCCAAUCCUGAGCCUUGUGAUUUGAGAAGGUGCCUUGGAAAAAGCUUCACACAGAUAUUUGAUGUGAACACAGAGUUGAGACGGGUGUGUGGUUGUCACUUGGGGCAUCCCAUAUCAGAGUACGUUUUUUGAGUCCCAGGCAAUCUGCUUCUGAUCUAGCAUCCUGCUAAUGAACACCCUGGAAGGCAGCAGAUGGUUCAAAUCCUGGGUCCCUGCAAUUGACAUAGGAGACCUGGAUGGUGUUCCAGGCUCCUGGCUUCAGCCUAACAUAGGCCUGGCUGGUGCAGGUACUGGGCGAGUGAACCAGCAGAUGGAAGAUUGUCUUUACCUGUCAAAUAAAAUAAGGAAAACUGAAAGAAAAUAUGUGUGUGUGUGUGUGUGUGUGUGUGUGUGUGUGUGUGUGUAUAGUGUUGAAUAUAGCUGAAUGGACAUGGUAUUGACGUAAUUUUCUUCAUAUGUGAACCCUGGAAUAACUACAAUUGGAGUUUGAUGAAAGCAUUGUGCUCUUUAGUGCAACAGAGAACUCUGCGAUAGCUUUAACUACCAGAAACAUUUGUAGGACUCAGUGAAAAACCAAAACCAUUUUUGAUAAUUUUUUUUGCUGCUGGUUCCAUAUUUAUUUAGAUCUGUGCCAGUGUACCAAGCAUUUGAUGUGUUAUGUUCAUAGUAUGUUUUACUCUAGAUCUACUCUCCACCCUUCAUUACACUCUGUCCCAACAAGCUGACUUUUAUGGACCACAUUAGUGUACUGUGUCCUCUAGUUUCUAGUUGAGUCCACCAGUCAGGCACAAGAGAGGAAUGUGGGCAAGAAGAGUGAGUCAGGAUAUUCUGCCAGACUGCAGGUGGGCAAUGGCUACAUUCCAUCCAAGGCUACAGCUCCUGUCAAUGUAGUCCCCUUCUACAAGACAAAGCUCUAGUCUGUGUCACUCCAAGUGUCUGUAAUUAAUUGUUCUUUUUCCUUAACCUCUGCAUGUAUAGGAGUUGUAAUGGCUUCCCAACUGCCCAACAUAGGAGCUAUGCGCAACAAGUGACUAUUGAAACAACAUAAUUAAAAUUAAGUAAAAUUAGGAAUUGGAAUUAAGUGAUUUAGUCAUGCCACAUUUUAAGUGCUCAAUAGCCAAAUGUUGGUUAUGACUACUGUAAUAGACAUAGAUGUGUAACAUUUCCAUUAUUGCAGAUUUACUGGACACUGCUGAGGUACAUGAGCACCUUGACUUGGUUUCCUGUCACCGAUCUUGCCCCAUUAAAAUUGGUGUCUUCUUUAAAUUCUCAGUUAUCCUUUUUUUUUUUUUGGACAGGCAGAGUUAGAGAGAAAGGUCUUCCUUUUCCGUUGGUUCACCCCCCAAAUGGCUGCUACAGCUGGCGCGCUGCGCCGAUCCAAAGCCAGAAGCUAGGUGCUUCCUCCUGGUCUCCCAUGCGGGUGCAGGGCCUAAGCACUUGGGCCAUCCUCUACUGCCUUCCCAGGCCACAGCAGAGAGCUGGACUGGAAGAGGAGCAACCGGGACUAGAACCAGGUAUGCCGGUACCACAGGUGGAGGAUUAGCCAAGUGAGCAGCAGCACUCGCCCAGUUAUCCCCUUUCAACAGACAGUUUGUUUCCUGGUGAGCUUUGUGAGAUCAUUGAAAUGUCUUAGUUCUUCAUCUUUAAAACUGAACCUUAAUUUGUCCUCUAAGUUGUUCAUACUUCGUGAAAUUCACAUUUAAAAAGGAAGUGGCUGGGGCUGGUGUUGUGGCACAGCCACCACUUGCAAUGCUGGAAUCCCAUAUCCAAAGUACCAAUUUGAGUCCUGGCUGCUCGGUUUCCAAUCCAGCUCCCUGAUAACACUCCUGGAAAAGAAGGGAAUAAUGGUCCAAGGACUUGGACCCUUGUAACUCAUUUGGGGGACCCAGAUGGAGUUCCUGGCUUCUAGCCCAGCCCUUGCCGUUGUGGUAACUUGGGAAGUGAACCAGUGGAUGAUAGCUCUCUUUUUCACUUCCUCUCUUGUGCUCUUGUCACUCUGCCUUUGAAAUAAAUAAAUUUUUUCUCAAGAUAA